CCCCUCACUCCACUGCCCCACCCAACCACUCCGCCCCUUUCGAGAUCAAGAGAGAGAGAAAGCUUCUAGGAGCUAGGGUGUUCGGUUACGAAUUUUCGAUGGCCAUUGUCGACGCUGUUGUGAUGCCCUCCCCACCGUCAUCGGCACCACCGGCGCGGAUCAUCGUCGUGGUGCUGGCGUUUGUGCGCUUCAUCCUCGCCCCUAUGUUGGGGCUCGUGCGCAUCGUCCGCCUCGCAGCCCCAGCGCUCCCCUACCUAGGCUUCACGGCCGCUUGGGUCAUCUCAGCGGGCAUGGCCGCAACAAUCGUCGCACGCCACGCCUGCCGCAAGGGCUCCGCCCCCCUCGUCUUUCUUGAGGCGUUCACGCAAGUGGCUUUCAAAUUAUCCAUCUGCAUCAUCUCUCUCUUCAUUGUGCUUCUAGCCAUUCUUUUGUGUGGCCUGUGCCUAGCCUACCUGGUUGCAGUUGUAUCUGGAUCUGGUUCUGAGUUCAAGAAGACCGCCUUCGGAGCAAUCACAUGGGAGUCAACUUGGGAGUUAUGCAAGUUUCCUCGCGCCGUAGUCCUCGGGUUCGCUGCAGAUUUGGCCUGCAUCCUGCUAAUUGUCGCUGGUAUUCUGGUAGUGAUCAUGUCCCCACAUGUGGAGAAAUCAUUAUCUCAGGGACAAAGGAUUGGUUUCUUGAUCGCGGAUGUGGGGUCAUUUGGCCUGCAUGCCAUAGCUUGCUUCGUUAUCAUUCCAGGUUUGGCAUUUGAUAUCUGGAGGAAGGACCAGGAGGAGACAAUACCAGGACUCACAGUGGCGGAUUGUUGA